CUUUCUGACGCAGAAAAGGUCAUUGAAAACAACCCCUCAUCAUAUCUUGGGUACGAGAUGAAGCAUAAAGCGCUUCACACGGGACAACGCUAUGACGAAGCAAUCGAGGCCUUGGACAGCAUGCUCUCCAAGCUGAAUGAUACACCCGACCCACAGAUACGACAGCUUCAUCAGAAGUAUGUCAAGCAAUCCAAAGUAGAUGAUGCUAUUCGAAGAGCCGUUCACACUCGUUUGGAAAGUGCCCCACUUCGUCUACUCGAGACAUCCACCGGAUAUUUAUGCGAUCCGAGAGGCACAAAUAAGAAUCUUCAUGAACAGUACGGAGUACAAGAAGCUUUUGUAUGCGUCAAUGAUGCGUGCGCCCCUCAACACGGAGCCCAUCAAUAAGGCGGUCGCGAAGUUCUUCAGUUGGGUCAUGUUAUCGCAUAGAUGGGACAGCAAGGAGCCGUUGCUGCACAACAUCCAAGGCAGGGUCGUAUACGAGUUGUAUGGAGUUGGCGGCAUAGAGAAGCUGCAGAAGUUCUGCAAAAAGGCUCGCGAUCUGGGCUAUCGUUGGGCUUGGAGCGAUACGUGCUGCAUCGACCAGAACAACAAUGUUGAACUUCAACGAUCGGUCAACUCCAUGUUCGUUUGGUAUCACCAAUCAGCUCUUACGAUCGUCUACCUGUCAGAUGUCUCACCUUCGGCGGAGUGGGGCGCACUGGCAAACAGUGAUUGGAAUACACGAGGAUGGACUGUUCAAGAAUUCCUUGCUCCUCGAGUUAUUCUCUUCUACCGUGCAGAUUGGACCCUCUAUCUCAAUGACCACUCUGGUAACCACAAGAAGUCUGCCACUAUUAUGCAGGAGUUAGAGAAUUCAACAGGCAUAAACACACGGGCCCUCGUCGCCUUCCGUCCGGGGAUGAGAGACGCCCGCGAGAAGCUGAAAUGGGUGUCAACGCGUGUCACCACGUUACAGGAAGACAUCGUAUACUCGCUGUUUGAUAUUUUCGGUGUCCACUUACCUGUCAUAUACGGCGAGACGAAACAAAACGCGCUCGGUCGGCUCUUGCAGGAGAUUGUCGGUCGGUCGGGCGACAUUACCGUCCUGGACUGGGUCGGAAAAGCAUCCGACUUCAAUAGCUGUCUCCCAGCUGAUGUUACCUCGUACAAAGCUCCACCAUUCACAUUGUCAUCUCUACCAGGGGACGAGAUGCGGACAUCUGUCUCCAAGCUGCGAAAUACCGUGGCUGUGGAGUUAGCUUCGAAACUGUAUACCCUGCUCGACAACCUCAGUGUCCCUCGUUUCACGAACUACAGAUUGCUACUGCCUUGCAUCGCAUUUCCUGUCACAAAAGUCAGGCAGAGACACGGUCAACACGGGAUAUAUUUCACUUAUGACAUUGAGGCAGAUGGGCUCCAAGACCUGUUGAUCACCACAGAAAACACAUUGACUCAAUUCUCGCCGGCACAGCCCACUCCACAGAAAUUCUUCCUCAUCCGUCCAUGGGACCGCCAUGAUCUCGGGCUGCCUGAUUUCUCGGACGAUGCACAGAGUGUGCUGGAGGCCCUACACCCAUCGUCGUUAGAUUCACCCGACGAGUCUCUCGGAGAAAAUGAACCAAAUGAGAUGGACGCUCAUUCGCGAGCGUUGAGGUUAAUCGUUCGCCUCGGACAACCUUUUGCUGCACUGUUGGUUGCGCAGCAGCGUGGUUGGGAGUACAAGAGGAUUGCGUCGGAUCACCGUAUCAUGGCAUGCGUCAAGGACAUGGCUUCGAUUGAGAAUAUGAUGGAUGUCAGGAUGCUAGAGAUGCUGUAGUUGGAAGAAUGGAAGGUGGUCGGUAGUAUUUGAAGUUAAUGAGUCUAAGUUGAUCUCUCCUUACUCCGCCGACUAGGAUGCCGCCGCUAUUAGCACGAUUUGAGGCUGAAUGGGGGAGAAUGAAUGAUUUCCUCGAAGUGCUUCCCACAAGCGUAAAAAAACGGGGCCAACACCACAGGAGCUCGCUCGUGUUGCUGGCCCGACGGACCCUGUACUACGGAUUAGCCUGAGAGCGACUUGCACACCUACACGUAUACACUGAAAUAUAUACGUCUAUAUUUAGCGCACGCUAACGCGGAACUUUCUGUAUGCAUACAUGUUACUUAAAUGCAGACAAAUUGGAAUUGCAACCAAAUUGCAACUACAUCUCCGACCAAGAGGACAUUUGAUUUUCUGAGACG